AUGAAAUGUGAAUCAUGGAUUCAGUCGCAUCCAGUAUCUAGUGAAUGGCAUGGUGACAUUUCAUCUCAACCGAACGAGAAAAGCUUUAUAUUUUAUAAAAAAUCUUUAACGUUGAGAUGUUUUCUUGGUCGCGAACCUCUCGUCCGAAAACAAAUAAAUACAUUCAAUAUCACACGAACCGCCUCUCUCCCCCUCCCUCUCUCUGCAACUUCUCCGGAAAUUUUUAGGUAUAAAGUGUUUAAGAACAUGAAGAUCGACACGAGCCCAUUAGUUUCAUCCCACCAACGCAAUCAAAUCUUUGUCAAGUUCGUCGUUUCUUUUCUUCUGAUAGGUCUCGCCUUCCGUCUCCUCGUCUCAAAUUCCUUCAUCACCUCUCCAGUUUCCGAUGUCCAAACCUCACCGGAAUCUCCCCCUUCGGAUCUCUCCGUCGGUCCUCCUCAAGCUUCGGUGCCUGUCGAUUUCAGCAUUGCUUCACAAAAUGCUUCAGCACAGUGUGAUAUCUUCACCGGAGCAUGGGUUCCGGAUCCAUCGGGGCCGGUAUAUACUAACAUCACCUGCCGUCAUAUCCAAGAUUAUCAGAACUGUUUGAGGAACGGACGUCCGGAUGUGAAUUACCUUUUCUGGAGAUGGAAACCCCGAGACUGCGAUCUUCCGAGGUUCAGUCCCGAGCGGUUUCUCAACACCGUGAGGAACAAAUGGUGGGCUUUCAUCGGCGACUCGAUCUCACGUAACCACGUCCAGUCUCUGCUCUGCACUCUCUCACAGGUAGAGGAGGCAGAUGAAGUAUACCACGACAAGGAAUACAAAUCAAAGAUAUGGAGAUUCCCAUCUCACAACUUCACCCUUUCAGUGACUUGGUCACCUUUCCUUGUAAAAGCCAAGACCUUUGAAGAUCCAGAUGGUGUUUCCUCGGGAGAUAUCCAGCUCUACCUCGACCAGCUCGACGGUAAAUGGACCGACCAAUACCAUAACUUUGACUAUGUCGUUAUCUCCGGUGGUAAAUGGUUCCUCAAAACCACCAUAUACCACGAGAACAACACUAUCACUGGCUGCCAUUACUGUCAGAGAAAGAACAACCUGACUGAACUUGGCUACGAUUACUCCUACCGCAAAGCCCUCCGGCUUGUUUUCAACUUCGUUUCACAGUCCAACCACAAACCCCUCGUCCUGUUCCGUACAACAACUCCUGAUCAUUUUGAGAACGGAGAAUGGAACAGCGGUGGGGUGUGUAACAGAACAAUGCCCUUUCGGGAAGGCGAGGCCGAGCUGAAGGAUGUGGAUACCGUGAUGAGGGAGAUCGAGUUAGAGGAGUUCCAGAAAGCGGGUGAAGGUUCUGGAACUGGGGAGAGCGGUGGAUCCCAUGUGAGACUGUUGGAUACAACGAUUAUGUCGUUGGACCGACCGGAUGGUCAUCCGGGGCCGUACAGGCAUUUGAAUCCGUUCGCCGGUGUGAAAGACAAGACAAACCAAGUUCAGAACGAUUGCCUGCACUGGUGCUUACCGGGUCCCAUUGAUUCCUGGAACGAUCUGCUUAUGGAGUUGAUGCUUAACCCGAAUCGGUGUAAAAGAUGAUGUAAACACGAAAACAUUUUGAAUUUGAUGAUUCAUCAUGAUGAUGAUUAUGGCCUUGUCCGAGGGAAGAAAUGUUCUAGCGAGUGUAGAUAUUGUGUUUUCGUGUACAAUAAAUCAUUUGGCACUUGUUUUCUA